AUGUCCUCCUCCCAAGACCUCUUCGACCAAUACCGCGGUCGCAUAGUCCCCCAGAGCUUCAAUGCUGGCUUUGUCGCCCUAGCUAUGCCUUCCAGAGGUCUAUUCAACCAGUAUGCCUCCAACCACUUUUCUUUUCAAACUGGCUGGCGGACCCGGGCCAGCUUGCUCCUUGUGAGCUCUGCCAUCACCAUGGGUGGUAUAUCAAUUUGGUGCAUGCAUUUCAUUGGUAACCGAGCCAUUGAUCUCGCCGACGGACAAGCCGACCUGCAAGUUGCCUACUCGAGUGGUUUUACUGCCAUAUCCUUCUUCGUCCCCAUCAUCGUGCUUCUCGUUGCCUUCGUCGCUGUCGGAACGAAUAACCGCGCGUCUUGGUGGAGAGUCUGCGCUGGCGGUCUCCUUUGUGGCACUGCCGUCUGUGGCAUGCAUUACCUGGGCAAUGCCUCCAUUGCCAACUAUGUUUGCGUCUACCGGCCCGCAUAUGUUAUUGGUUCAGCAAUUAUCGCUGUUGUUGCCAGCAUCGUCGCUCUCGCUAUGUUUUUCGUAUUCCGAGCGGCUUGGGCGUUCUCUUGGUGGAAGCGAGCCAUCUCCGCCGUUAUACUAGCCGGUGCCGUGUCUAGAAUGCAUUGGUGUGCUGCCGUCGCCACGCAAUAUCGCCUAAUCAAUUCCAAGCCCGAGGGCAACGGGCCUUCACGAACUGCCACUGUCAUAGUUGUCAUUUGUCUAUCCAUUGGCGCCUGUGACCACCGAAGAUGCUAG